AACAAAAAUCAUCUCCUUCUCCCUACCCCCAUCUCUUUAGUUCUCUUUUCUCUUUGAUUUCCUGGCCUCUGGUACUCUCCUCUAUGAUUCGCCACCUUAUUUUUGCUAAAGAACCCAAUCAACCUUUUGUAAAAGGAGAGGAAAAAGAAGCAUAAAAUUAACUAUGGUUUUCCCAUCUGUUCCAGUUUAUUUAGAUCCUCCAAAUUGGCAGCAGCAGCUGAAUCAUCAACAAGUAGCUACCAGUGAAAAUCUUCCGCUUCCACUUCUUCGUACAGCUCCUAAUUAUCAUGCUGGAGCUGGUGUUGAUAGUUCCAUUAGGGUUGGUUCGAUGGCCGAUCGAGCCAGGCUAGCCAAGGUUCCACAACCAGAAGCACCACUGAAAUGUCCACGGUGUGAAUCCACCAACACCAAGUUUUGCUACUUCAAUAACUACAGCCUAACACAACCACGUCACUUUUGCAAGACUUGUCGACGUUAUUGGACAAGAGGAGGGGCUCUUAGGAAUGUCCCUGUGGGUGGAAGCGGCCGAAGAAACAAGAAGAAGAAAAGCAGCAGCAGUAGCUCAAAACCCACAGCUUCUUCCGAGAGGCAAAGUGGUCCAAUUUCAACCAAUGCUGUUAUUCCCUCUGAAAGCACUGCUCAUCUGCCGCAUCAAACAACACCUCACUUACCUUUUAUGUCUUCUCUGCAAAGCUUUUCUCAGUAUGGUAUAGGAAAUAUCGGCGUAAACUAUGAUGGAAUUCAAGGCCGAGUGGGCCUAAUGAGUGGCGCUAAUGGGCAAGCUGAUACCGGGUUUCAGAUAGGAACCAACUCGGACAUGAACCAUGCUAUUUUAUCAGUAGGAUCAGGGAAUCAUCAGGACUUCUCGUUCUUCGAGCCAACUAAUAGCUUAUAUCCUUUACAGUGUGAGUAUAUGGAAGCAUCACCUUCGAUGGUGGGAGAAACCCAGCUUCUUCGCUCCACGAGUUCAAGCUCUAGGGUUUCACAGCGAGCUCCAGUGAAAAUGGAAAACAACAGUCAAGAGCUAAAUCUAUCAAGAUCAUUGUUUGGUAUCUCGGAUCAGACUAAUCAGUAUUGGGGAGGAAACAAUUGGAUGGAUUUAUCAGGUCUCAAGUAAUCAUCUCUUAUAGCUAUAGUUUCAAUCUUUCCUGAUAGACAGCAGCUUAAAGCUGGUCUUGAAGUUUCAGCGGCUUCAUUUCCAGCUUUAAUAACAGAUGAUAGUUGCCAUAAAGUAUCAUUGUUCCUUAUCACACUGACUCCUUCACAAGCCCCAAGUCUCCAACAUCAAAAGCUAAAUAAUGGAUGGUUCAUUGUGGAACUUACCUCUCGUCGUCGUCAUCAUCUUCUUCCUGUCUAAGAAACAACAAAUAUUCGUAGAACUAAUGUUGUUUCAAACUAUAUAUAGUUUUGGGUUUUCUUAAAUUAUGUGUUUGGUUUUUUCGUUUGCUUGGGAUUGUUUGCAGAUUUGUUCUAUGUUUGUGUUUGAAGU